AUGGGACGGCAUUCGAUCGCGUCUGAAAUCUUCGACAAUGAGUCUAAAAUCGACUUUGGAGUGCGCGAUAGUGUCUUGACUGUCGACGAUGUGACGCCUUAUCCACCGGUAGGAAGCUCGAUUCAGUUAUUCGAGAGCGAGCCUUUACCCGAAGAGCACGCAUGGCGGUUCGGUGUGCGGGAAUGGCUGGUCUUUGUCUGCAUUGUCAUUCUGUCCAUGAUGGAUUCUUUCAAUGCGACUAGCUUGAUUCCUGCAUUACCAGAACUAUCAAAUACAUUCGGAAAACCCCUCGCGAGCACGUUAUGGGUCAACACAGUCUAUCUCAUUUUCAGCGCAACAAGCCAACUAUACUUCACAAUGACGAGCGAAGUAUUCAGCCACGGCCCGGUGUGGAUAAUAGCAGUAGUAUUCGCAACGAUCGGGACAGGAAUCUGCUGCGGAUCAAUGAGCCUCAUCGAACUCAUAAUCGGCCGCAUGAUACAAGGAAUCGGUGGUGGCGGCGCAAUGAGUCUCUGCUUCGUGAUAAUGGCCGAAUCAACACCUCAGUCAAUCCAUUCCCGGUAUUCGUGCUAUAUCUUGCUAACGCGGAUGUGCGGCACCAUCCUCGGUCCUGUUGUUUCUGGUAUUUUUGUUGAUAAUACCAGCUGGACUUGGGCUUUGUAUUUUAAUUUCAUCUUCUGCGCGCUGGGCUUGUUGGCUAUUCCAUUUGCCGUUGAUUUGCGCGUGUCGAAGAGUAUUCCGUUGCGCAAGUUGCGCAUUUUGGAUUGGUCCGGCGCUACUAUGGCCUUUUUGGGAUCUGGAGCUGUUCUUGUCGGGUUGACUUGGGGUGGAAGUUUGUAUCGUUGGGAGCAGUGGCAGACUAUUGUGCCGAUUGCUGUUGGUGCUGCUGUUUUUUUUGCGCUUGUUUUUUAUGAAUUCAAGUGGGCUCUUCAUCCGCUGUUUGGUAGGAGGGUGUUUCGCUCUAGAUUGAUGGUCAUGACUUAUCUCGGUUGCUUUUUGCAUGGCUUCAUGGUCUUUGCUCAUUUGCAAUUCUUCCCGCUAUACUUCAUGUCCACCCACUAUAUGUCUGCCACGUUGUCGGCUGUGGCCCUGCUGGCUAUGGUUGGGAUGGAAAUUGUACCCGCCGCAAUUGUUGGCGUGAUUCUUGCCAGGGAGUCAAGAUGCACGCAGUGGAUCAUCUCCAGCGGUUGGAUCUUGAUUAUUCUUUCAGGAGGUUGCUCCAUUCUGUUGGAUAGCACAACACCGGCGGCGGGAUGGGUGUUCUUGUUGUUCACAGCAGGGUUGGGCCACGGUCUUCUACUCGCGAGCUAUAAUGUCAGAGUCCAGAAUGUGCCCAAUGAUGACGAGGAUCCUUCUCUGUCGACUCUGCCAACGACCGUUUCUCAUUAUAUGAGGGCCAUGGGCAUGGCAUUUGCUGUUCCCGUUGGCGGCGUUGUUUUGUUGAACAUUUUUAGGCAGGAACUCACAGGUAUUGGAUUGGACCGGAACUUGGUCAAUACGGCGAAUGGGUAUUUAAUCCUGAUGAACCAGGUCAAGAUGUCAAGUGAGCAUAGAGAAGCAGUCACACUUGCUUCGGUCGCGGCUUUCCGAGUGCUGUGGGAGGUCCUCACCGGCGUUGCUUUCGUUGGAGGUAUCUCGUCUGUUUUCCUGUGGCGCAGGCACGCAUAA